AUGGCAACGAUCCUUGAGUCGGAGGCAGCAUUCAAUGCACGGGCCUUGGAACACGGCUUGACAAGGGCACAGCUUGAACGACUACAGAACCAGGGCCUCACCAAUCUUUCCAAGUUAGCUUUCUCCUUGACGACACCUGGAACAGUGCCUCCUGACGACGCCUUGAAGGGGCUCUUGGCCGAUAACCUGGAUGAGGUUACUAUUGGCCAGCUUAGUUCGAUCAGGAGGCUUAUGUUUGACGCACAAACCCUAUGUGCGUCCCAAAUGAAAACUACAAUCAGUGGUGCUGACCAUGGUCGAAAGGCCGAACUUGUGCCUGCAGAACGUGCCACAAGGAUCCAGCAACAAAGGACCCGUCUUCAGGGCAUGGAACUCACAGGACCUCUUGAAUGUGCCCACUCAUCCUAUGACUACGUGGCAAAAAUGUUGGAGGCAGAUGUCCCAAUGUAUCUUGAGCCUCAUCGUUUUACCACAAGGGCAAGUGAGGUUGCCCGCGAGCGUCCUGGCAAAGAGUUGGUGCUGGAUAACAUCAACCUCACGGUCAAGGACGUGGAAAGGAAAGACAAAUGUCAAAUCAGUAAUGAACUUCAGCUGCAUCAGGCACUUACCAGGCGCUCUUUGGCUUGCGAUCUGAUGCAGGCAUGCUCUUUCCGGAACAUGGAAAAAUGGCACAGGCAUCUCCUUGAUCACCUUCAGUUGCCAUCGCCUCCAGGAUUCCGCCAACCUACCAUGGAGCAAGUCCUCAGGGCAGACCGAACAGCCUGGGUCAAGAUGGCCGAGAAGGUCACUACCUUGAGGCGCCAGGGCGAUGGAUCCUUGCCACUGAACAGAGCGCUAGACGAACUUCCAGCAGAUCCAUCGAUCAUGUUCCACUUGAUGCCCUUGCCGGUUGACAAGAGUACAUCGACGCCCAAGCACACCGAGCCAAAAUCCACAGCUGGCUCUGACCAAGGCCCUCCAAACAUCCGGAAGAAGGACAAGAAGGACAAGAGUGCGGACGUGGACUUCAUCAAUGCAUGCGAUGCUUUGGGGCCCACUCGGCCCACCAGUGCAACUCUGCACUGGCUUGACAGUCUCAGGGAGGACUGUGCCUACCUCAGCCAGGCCUCACGGCCGAAGUUCGACGCCUUGGCUGCCAGCACAGUACUGGUGUUGAUGCCCACGUCACAAAGCAGGUCAAGGCGCCAGUGCUCCGUUUGGAUCUUUCAGAUGAAUCUGGGCAAGCUUUACUUUGGCGGAUUCUUCAACAACCCAGAGUUUUUGCAGUUCACCUAG